AAUCCAAAAUAAUUUGUGUCGAUGAAAUCACAAUAAAAAUGAAACUGAACAUAAAAACGGUGAUGUGGACAAUAAUACGAAUAACAAUACAUUUUCCAUAAAAUUAAUUGGUUAUAAACAUAUAAAUUUCUAUGAUUACGAUAAAAUCAAUUCUUCUUCAAAGUUUGGUGAAUUCAAGUGACGUUCAUUUUAGUGGGGUGGAUUUAUGUUGAAAUGAUAAAAAUGCCCCGUAACAACAUCGAAAAAUGCACACUUUUUAUGAUAAUAGCAUUAAAUUUAAUUGGGUUAAACGAUUGCUUACCAGAUGAGGGAAAAUGGGAUUGUAACCUAACAAAAGAUCACACCGAUUUACUAAUCUCCAAAAGCUUAUUUAAUGGGACACAAAUAUUCAUAAAACUAAAUUGUGAGACGACAACGCAACAUCCCACCAACAUAUCGAUCAGUUGGGUUGUUAUUCAAUCACAAUGUUGGGAUUUUAAUGAUUAUUUUACAAAGGAUUUUGGGGAGUUUCUCAACACAAAGAUCCCAUUUAAUGUAUCCGGAGCUCAACGUUCCUUAGAAAACAUCUACAAAUGUGACGAUCACAUCUUAUUAAAAGAAGAAAUUUUAGAAAAAGAUGAAAAAUCGCUUUUUUCAAAAUCCCACCCGUUUUAUAAAACGCGAAAAGAUGGUCUUUACGUGUUGGGAUUUCGGGUUAAUUCUGUUAUUCAGAAUAAUCCUUCGGAUGACUCCAAUGAAAAUGAUUUCACACUUGGAGUUCACAUCGAAAUGCUUUCACCGCACGGAUUUUUAUCAGCAGUUGAUUACCCUUUAUUACCAUUUUAUGCAAUAAUGUGCGGAACUUACUUUGUGUUUGGUACAAUUUGGUUAUUUUGGUCUUUUACGCAAUGGAAGGAUUUGCUUCGAGUCCAAUUUUGGAUUGGAGGUGUAAUUUUUCUCGGAAUGUUAGAAAAGGCUACUUUUUACGCUGAAUAUCACAGCGUGAACGCUACCGGCGUUCGAGUUCAAGGAGCGGUUUUAUUCGCCGAAUGGAUUUCUUGCGCAAAAAGAACCUUAGCUCGUAUGUUGGUUAUUGUAGUCAGUUUAGGUUUUGGAAUAGUUAAACCACGUUUAGGCUCAACUUUGCAUAGAGUGGUGGGAGUUGGUGGAUUAUAUUUUAUUUUAGCCGCUUAUGAAUCGUAUUUAAGAGUAAUUGGUCCCAAAAACGAGCUUCGUCGAGAUUUACUCGUCGCUUCGGUUCCUUUAGCCGUUUUAGAUUCCGCAAUUUGUUGGUGGAUUUUUAGCGCUUUAGUUGCAACGACUAGAACACUACGAUUACGACGCAACCAAGUUAAAUUAACACUUUACCGCCACUUUACCAACACCUUAAUCUUCGCGGUACUUGCAUCGGUCGUUUUUAUGAUGUAUUCGAUAAAAGCGCAUCAUAUGGUGGGGUGUUUAAGAUCUUGGAAGGAUUUGUGGAUCGACGAGGCUUAUUGGCACGUUUUAUUCAGCGCUUUAUUGCUGGUUAUUAUGUUUUUAUGGCGCCCGACGAGGAAUAAUCAACGUUACGCUUUCGUUCCGAUUUUCGAAUCGGGCCGAAACGGGGAUGAGGAAGACGACGAGGAGGUUGAACAAUUGGUAAACGACGCGUACGGUGUUAAAAUCCGCGCGCAACACCACCACGGCGAUAACAACUUAAUAAAACAAGCUAAGAAUGGAACCACGCAAAAAUCGGGGGUUGAAGAUAGUGUUGAAGACGAAUUAAAGUGGCUCGAAGGCAAUGUUCCCGCUACGGCGAUCACAGCGCUUCCCAUUUUAGAUUCGGAUGAAGAAUUAGUUAACACUAGAUUUGAAGUAUCUAAAAUGCAAUGAGAUUAAAAAAAAAUGCUUUGUAUAUAAAGAGGUUAAGUAUAUCUGUGUGUUGGAUGUCUA